CGCGCACGGCGGCGGCGGCUACGUGACGAGGCUCAGGUCCACAAUGAGCCCCGCCGCGCGGGGGGGCGGGAGGCUGCUGGCGACGCGGCGCUGAGGCGGCUCCGUGCCCCGGCGGGAAGGCGAGGCUUUGCGGCCAGCUCCGGCGGCCGCGCGAGAGCCGCCCCGGAGGGACCGCAAAUGAAGUGCGAGAACUGCACCAAAAAGGAAUGCAGUAAAAAACAGAAAAAUGACGAUGCGCAAAGUACGUCCGUGGAUGUGUCGAGUUCUAACGAUGACUUUGAGGAGAAAAAUGAAUUUUUUACAGUGGCUAAUGCUAAAAUACUCCUUAGCGACUGCCUAGCGUGUGACAACUGCAUGACAUCGGAAGAAGGAGCCAGAGUUUUCCAACAGAAUCAGAAGGAGUUCUUUCGUAUACUCAACCUUAAUAAGAAGUGUGAUACCUCAAAACACAAAGUGUUGGCAGUGUCUAUAUGCCCUCAGUCAUUGCCUUAUUUUGCUGCUAAGUUCAGUCUCUCUGUGAAUGAUGCAGCCAAGAGACUCUGUGGUUUCCUCAAAAGUCUCGGGGUGCAUUAUGUAUUUGACACCACUAUAGCUGCUGAUUUCAGUAUCCUGGAGAGCCAGAGGGAAUUUGUGCAGCGGUAUCAACGGAGGAACCAGGAGGAGCAUGCCUUACCAAUGUUUGCCUCUGCUUGCCCUGGUUGGAUCCGGUAUGCAGAAAGGGUACUCAGCAACCUUGUCACUCCCCACAUUUGCACUGCGAAGUCUCCACAGCAGAUCAUGGGCUCCCUGGUAAAGGGCUACUUUGCCAGGCAGCAGAAUCUGUCUCCAGAAAAAAUUUUCCAUGUAGUUGUGGCGCCUUGUUACGACAAAAAACUGGAAGCCUUGAGGGAGGACUUCUACACUGCCUUGUAUAAUUCCCAAGAAGUUGAUUGUGUUCUAACAUCAGGUGAAAUUGUCCAAAUAAUGGAGCAGAAAAAUGUGUCUAUGAAAGAUGUGACUGAAGUAGCUGUAGAUAGUUUGUUUGGUGAAAUAAAGGAAGGAGAUGUAGUAAGGCACGAUGGGAAGAGAUCUGAUGGUUACCUGGAGCACAUCUUUAAACAUGCUGCAAAGGAGCUUUUUGGCAUGGAUGUCAAAGAAAUCACCUACAAAGCGUUAAAGAACAAAGACUUUCAGGAAGUUACCCUCGAAAAGGAUGGUGAGACAGUGCUGCGUUUCGCAGCAGCUUAUGGCUUUCGAAAUAUCCAAAACAUGGUUCUGAAGCUGAAGAAAGGAAAGUUUUUGUACCAUUUUGUAGAAGUCCUUGCCUGCCCGGGAGGGUGCUUAAAUGGAAAAGGCCAGACCCAAACUGAAGAUGGGAAACCAGACAAAGCACUGCUUAGCCAGAUGGAGGACGUGUACGCUGCAAUACCUGUAAGACUGCCAGAAGCCAACGCGUGUGUACAGAAGAUGUACCAGGACUGGCUGGAAGGCGUGGAUUCCAGGAAGGCCCAGGAAACUUUGCACACCAAAUACAGUGCAGGAAAUCAAACAGCAAGCAAUUUGGAUAUCAAAUGGUAACAAAUCAAACUUCCAAAGUAUUUGCUUAGAUUAGUUACAGAUUCAGCACUGGAAACAUUCUAUGCAAUCGCAGAUGCUAUGCACUAGCCAAGUGUAUGAAUGAGAUGCUUUCCAAAUUGUGGAUCAUUAGCUGUGAAGAACCAUUGCUUUUUGAAAACAAAACCAGAAGUCUCCAAAAGCCCUGGUUCCUGCCACUGUCUGUAAACUCUUACUGCGUGUUGUCUCCUGUGUAUAAUGGAUUUCUUCGUUCAAAAACACGAUCUUGCAAGGUACACGAGCACUUUCUGCCAGGUGCAGGGAGUGUAACUCCAAGACACUCCAGACUGAGGGUUCCCAUUACUUCACAAAUUGGGUUUUCACGGGAAGGUGAGAUCAUCUUGCUCCUACUCCUAAGUGUAGUCCUUCUUUCUUCCUGGGAGAACAGUCAUCAUGAAUUACCAUGUUAUUGCAAUUGUUAUAUGCAGUAACUUUUUCUUGUCUUGUUAACUAAAUAACCCCACAACCUGGACGAGGGUGUAUAGGGAGAAAUGUAAGGAAUUCGUACAUGCCUUCUGUCCAUGUUUUAACAAAUGCUUUCAGCUCCAAACUAGAGUCACUGUUCUUUACUGAUAAAAACCUUUUGUAAGGAACAAGAUGCUUCGUAUAAACUGAACAUGAGAAAUUAAUGUUAAAUGGUGGUAAUGCAACCCUUCAUGUAAAAAUACUUGCAAAUUGGUUGGUACAGGAAGAGGACUUUUCCUCUUAGUUUUCUUAUAAACUCACAGCUAGAAAGAAUGAUGCUGCUUACUUGCACUUCUUUAUGGAAGCAAAACGUGCACAUGCGGUGUCAUAGGAGCGUGUGCACACAACAGCUUUGUUAGAUCUGCUGUGCCAGAUUUACAGCACUUCUAUGCUAUCUUUUGGGACACAGAAUGCCAGGUUUUUCCUUUUAAUUUAUCUCCAUGGUGACAGACUUCUGUGAGAGUAACUUCAUGGAGUGCUUCUGAAAAGCUGCUUAGCAAUGCUUGUGAGGUCAACUUCUUAUGCACUGGCAUUGUUAAUUUUGGUGUCCUUAUUUUUUAGGUAUGCCAAAACGUUUUUGUUUAAGAAACAAAGUGGUAUUUGUGUGCAAGCAUUUCUGCAGCUUCGUGAGUUGUCAGAGUUGUUCAAGAAUGUGAUGGACAAAACAUCAACCUAUUGCCAAAUGUCUGCAGAUUAUCCUAGCAGCAUCAAAUUUGUUCUUGAUAAAUGGAUUAUUAUUUUUUUCUCAAGCUAACGAGGUUUCAGAUCGUUUUCCAGUCUGAAAAUAGAGAUGGGCUUUUUUCAGUUGAUUCAGGAAGUGUUUGAGUGCAUCCUGUAAAUUUCCUAGUAGUGCUGCUGCUUCCGUGCAUAACUUCCAGUACUGGAAAAACCUGUGUGUAUUUGCAAUCUGCAUUUAACUUGAACUCAGUGGAUGUGAUAAAGGCAUCAGUAAAGGCAAUGCAGGUGCUUGGGCUGGCAGAACAGAGGCUCAAGGAGAGAGAGACACUUAAGUACGUUACCCUGAUGAAUGUGAAGCUGUUAAGUAGAAUGGAGCUUCUAGUCGGUCCUCCAACUAAAGAGAACGUUUUGCUUUGAGGGAUAUUUUUUUCAAAUGCACAUGAAUGAGAUUACUGCGCUAUCUGAAUGCACACAAUGAGAUAAUUCCUGUAAAUUAAUUAGCCUUUGUAAGUUGUUCCUCGUGUCAAUAAAAACCUUAUUCUUAAGCGGUGCAAUAUCAGGACAUCUACAGAAAUCUACCUCUGUACAGGAAGGGAGUCCAGAAUCCAUGGGAAGACCCCUGCAUAGCCAAAAUGUCAAUAAAUGCUAAGGCCAGGCGGUGGUGGUGCAUAACACUCCUAGAAGCAGCACCUCACCCAUUCGAUUUCCUUUUCUUUCCGUCGUGAUUUCCCCCAGAAACUUCCCUAGAAAGAAAUACCUUGUAACAAAGCGGUCUUGUUCUGUUUGUAUAGGCAAAUGUUUCUAUGUAUAUAUGGUUUAUAGCUUGGCAGCAUGUUUAAAUUAUAUUGCUCCCGUUCUUUGUAUAGUGCGUGCUCAUUUUUACGUGGGUAUACCGGACAAAAUGGUACGAUCCAGUUGUUCGCUUUCUCUGAUGAAAUCUUCCUUAAAUCUCAGAAGCGCUGCCUUCCUCUUCUGAGAAGGCGCCCAUGGGUUGGUUGUGCAGCUUGACCCACAGGUGCCAUUGCUGCCCGAGGAGCCGCGCUUCCCCUGCUGCUGCGUGCCCCCGGGAACGGGGCAGUGCCUGAAAUGAACGUGUCUGCAGCGUGCUGCGCCGUGCUGACGCUGCAAGGGAAGCAUGUGGCUGACUCCGUAAAAAAAAAACCCAAGCUUUUGCAGUGGAAUCCACCCACCCUUUCUUCCCCCUGUGUAGUGUUUUAAUGUAUUGAGAUAGCAGUGUAAAAAUCUAGUAGAAAAUGUCUCCUGCAGUAUUCUUUCCAAGACGAUAAAGGCUUUGAGUUGAGCAGCUUCUAGUGGCUAGUUGGAAUGUAUUAUAACUGGUGACAGUGUCUGAUACUUGUCUUUUUUGUCAGCUUUUGUUUUAUAAGACUUUGGAGUAAAACAGAUUUAAAAUUUUUGGAACUUUUCUUUCAUGUGCCAGUUUUGUUGUUUUUUUUUAUGCUCUUUUAACUGUAAUUAGCCUUUGCCCUUCUGCAUUCUUUCAGUGAGAUUUUAACACAUAUUAGACAACCUUGUUGCAGCUUCGUAUAUAGUGGAAUCCUUGCCUGAGACUUGAGUCUGGCUUUUAAAUCUACGUUGGGCAUGUCUGUCAUUGUUGACAAUAAGUAGUUCUAGCUGAAGUUUCUGAAGCUACAGCAUCAUUGAGAUCUCUGAUAAAGUUUUUGGUAGCUGAUAAUUUUCAUUGCUGCUUCUUUCCAGCAGUGGGGAACAGUUCUCGGUGUGGUGGCAGCCAUAGUGCUUUACUUCUCCAUUGAAUGUUGUGCUGAGACAAUCUGUCUCCAGAUGAUUUUUAGAAAAGAUUACAUUGAAGGGAUGGGGGGGGGGGGGGGGUAUCUGGAAAUGCUAAAUUUUAAUCUGGAUGUUGUCUUAAGGUCUUAUUGACUUGAACAUAUCAAGUGGUAGGCACCUUGGGUUGGACAGGACCUGAUGCUGAGACUGCUACGAGGACUCCACGCUGUAAAGCAGUUCUGCUCUGCCUCUUCCACUGAGUUUGCCUCAGCCCCAGAACCUCGCGUUGGUUCUGUGAAUGGCAAACAUGUUUGUAUGUAGCAGUCUCAACUGGAUUAUAUCUGGAUAAUAAUGCUCAGUUACUUAAAUUUCAGAGCUUUGUGUUCAAAUGGAGCAUGACCAUGAGUUGUCCUAAUAAAUCUUGAUACCAAAUCACGGACCAGUUGUCUCAUUCCAUGUGAAAUCGGACUCAAUUUUAAGUACUCUUUGUUCUGCUGGUUGAAUUCACAUGAAUAAACCUGUAACAGCAA